AUGAGAGAAGCAAGGGUAUACUGUGCAAAUCUAAGAGCUAAAUUAAGAAGCUCCUCCUCUCAAAAUCAAGAAGAAACCCAAAGAAAAUACCCAAUAAGAAAAGGUAAAGAAAAGCUGGAAGAAAACACAAAAGAUGAAAUAGGAAAACAAGUUUGUGGAAUCUGUCUAUCAGAAGAAGCAAAAAGAACUGUUAGAGGUGUCCUAAAUUGUUGUCGCCAUUACUUCUGUUUCUCAUGCAUUAUGGAAUGGUCAAAAGUGGAAUCCCGUUGCCCUUUAUGUAAACAAAGAUUUUCAACAAUCACAAAAGCUGCAAAAUCAGACACUGGAUUUGACUCAAGAACAGUUGUCAUCCCUGUUCCUGAAUGUGACCAGGUAUAUGAGCCAUCUGAAGAAGAGUUAAGGGGGUAUCUUGACCCAUAUGAAAGUGUGAUAUGUACAGAGUGUCAGCAUGGAGGGGAAGAUGCAUUAAUGUUGUUAUGUGACAUAUGCGAUUCAUCUGCACAUACUUUUUGUGUUGGUCUAGGAAGGGAGGUUCCGGAAGGAAAUUGGUAUUGUGACGGCUGUAGGCCCACUGUUUUCGGUUCCUUAAACUCAUCAGAUCCUUUACCAACAUCUUCCAGAUCUCCCAUUCCCGGAGGUUUCGAUUUAAACGAAUUAUAUGUUCCCGAAACGCCCCUCACACAACAACAACAAUCUCAACCUCAAUCUCAACAAACACGUGUUUUGGUUUUACCUGAACCUGGUGAUUUUACACCUGCUACUACUUUAAGAGAUAGGAGAAGAAUACAUCGCCAAAUACAUCAUCGGUUUUUGAAUAAUAAUAGAAUGAAUGAUUUUGUGAAUCGAAAUGGAAGAAGUUCUUCAGGGAUUAGGUUAUUUGGGUCUCAACUUGAUCAACCUCAAAGUCAAAGGGAUGAUCAUGUUGGUGUUGCUGCUGACGUGUCAUUGGAAGGUGAACAUGGUGGGCCCGGUUUGGGUUUGGGUUUUGAUUCAAGAUUGGGAUUUGGACAACUACACCCUUGUACAAAUAGAUCCAGCAUUGGUUCUGAUGCAUGCAGAGAGGUUGUGGGACCCUCGAGAACAUCGCAAGGCGGUUUUCAUGCACCAUAUUAAUUAACUAUAUUAUAUACAGCUGUCAAAGCUCAAAUUUACUUGAAAUAUUUUCAAAAGCUGUAUAAAAAAAAUAACCAUUAUUUCCCAGUUUGAUUACCCUCCCCAACCACCAAAAUUCAUUAUUCUGUUUAUCAUUUAACACCAUUUAUACAAUGGUCAACCAUUUUGAUAAAUAUCUGAUGUGUACGUCGUGCAG